AUGGAUAGCCAGGACGUUGUUGCUCAAAAUGACUUGCAGUCUUUAUAUAAUAACCGGAAUGAGCAUAUCAAAGCGGUAUGCCAAAAGAAUCUCACAUUAGAACCAUAUGAGAACUUGUACCAAAAUCGGACUCACUUAGUAUUAGAUAGAUAUAAUUUAUCGUUUUGUAAAGUUCCGAAAUGCGGAUCUACUCUUUGGGUACAGAUUGUUAGUAUUUUGAGAGAUGGAAUUUCAAAUCUAGAAACUCUUUUAAACAUGAAUCGUCUUACUCUUCACCGAAAAACAACCCACUUAAAAUCGUUGAAAAAGUUAAGAAAAUAUCAAUUAAAGUAUUUCAUUAUAUCACGAAACCCUUAUUCUAGGUUAUAUUCAGCUUUUGUUGAUAAAUCAUUCCUCCUAUUUGCCAAAGCAGCCAACUCAGGGAAAUAUAGUAGGUCCCAGAAAAUGAACUGUUCCCUUGCAAACCAAAUCUACAACGAAUCUUUCCAGCAGUUUUUAGAUAGAAUUUUUGUUGAAAUCAGGACUGGAGAUAGCAACCAUCAUUGGAUGCCAAUUUUUUCUUUGUGUAAUCCAUGUUAUACAGAUAUCAUUUUACAUGUGAAACUUGAAGAGUUUUCAAGAGAUAUGAAAUAUAUCUAUUCUCGGCUAGGAUUUAGUGAGGAAGUGCAGACGCACCUUAAAAAUCUUACAACAAGUAAACUCGCGUCUUUAACGGGAAUAGCUUCAACAGUAUUUUAUAAAGGGCUGCAGUGGAAGAAAUGUAGAGAUAAUGGCACGAUAGCCGAGAGAUUAUGGAUUUCAUUCCAGACACAAGGAUAUAUUAGUGAAAAAUCGAAAUUUCCACGACACUUAUUUGAUCUGUAUUGUAAAAACAACACAGUUUCAUCAACUGAAAUUUUCAUGAAACUGGUUUCGACAGAAAUGACAUUAAAGUCGUUGUCGAAAGGCGACGCUGAUGCACAGAGACGUGGUGCAAUUGUACAAGCUUACAGAACACUUCAUCCAGAUACAAUCGCAACAAUACAGCAACUAUUUCGAAUGGAUUUUCUGAUGUUCAAUUACUCUACGACUCCACCAAGUUAA